GUGUGUAUGUAUGUGUAUGUGCCUGUACAUGUGUGUGUGUGUGUGUGUGUGUGUGUGUGUGUUUAUGUGUGCACUUGGGUGACUGGGUCUCACUCUCUAGCCUAGGCUGGCUUUGCACUCAGGGCAGAGUUCUUACUCAUGUUUCUUGUUUGCUGAGAUGACAGGUGUGAACCAACAUGCCUAUUCAGGGACUGCUCUUAAUUUUCUCCCUCCUUUCUUUUCCCAGCCCCUGGGCCGCAUGGGCCAGCCAGCCGAGGUGGGGGCCGCAGCCGUGUUUCUGGCCUCUGAAGCCACCUUCUGCACAGGGCUUGAGCUUUUUAUGACUGGGGGUGCAGAACUGGGCUAUGGACGCAAGGCUAGUAGCAGCACUCUCGUGGAAGUCCCCAUUCUCCCACCAUAAUUCACACUAACAUGUCCUACUCAUCCGUCUUCCUUCCUUCCUUUCUUUUUCUGCAGUACUGGAGAUUAAACCUAGGACCUCUUGUGUUCUAGGCUGGGGCUUUACCACUGAGUCACACCCCAGUGCCACACUGGAGGAUUCUGGGCAAGGGCUUUACCACUUAACUCUCAGGUUCCAAAGAAAGUCAGGAUAAACUAGUCGCUGGCAGCCCAGCCCUCUCAGUACCUGCUGCUUUCCUCACUCACUUGCCCCUGUCCUCCCCUCUCUACCCCAAGGACUUAGUGUCCCUUCCCCCAGCUUCUGGUUCCUAUAAAAACCUGCCACUUUGUCCAUGUCCAUUCCUGGUCCUUGGCUCCUCUCUUGGUCCCACUUGCCCUCUCUCUCUCCUCUUCUUUCACUUUCUUCCCCCCAACCCCCUCUCUGCUCUCAUGGACUCUUCCAGACGCCUCUGUGCUCUCCCUUAUUGCAACAAUAAAACCUCCCAGCCAUACCUUGGAGUGGUCAUGUCCUCAUUUCAUUCAUGAGCCACACCCCCAAACCCUCACAGGGGUGGGGGUGGGGGGUGGGGGGUGGAUUCUAGGCAGGGGCUCUACCACUGAGCCACACCCCAGCCCCUCACUGGGGUUUUCUAGGCAGGGGCUCUACCACUGAGCCCCACCUCACCUCUUACAAGGGGCCCCACCUCACCUCUUACAAGGGGCCCUACCUACAUGUUGCCAGCUCCUCCUGUAGCAUUUCCCACCCCAAAUUCCAACCUGUACCGUUUUUCUCCCAGCUUCAGCCCCAACACCUUAGGCUCUCAAUCCACUUACGGUUCAUCCAUCACUCAUGAAAACAACUUGCACCUUUCACCCCAGCACUACGGAAGCAGAGGCAGAUGGGUGUCUGUGAGUUUGAAGCCAGCCUGGUCUACAGAGUGAGUUCCACGACAGCCAAGGCUACACAAAGAAAAACCCCUGUCUUGAAAAAAAAAAAAGAUAAAUAAAUAUAAUAGCAAAAAAUAAAAAAUAAAAACAGCUGGCAUUCAGAAAGGAGACUUUUGUUUCCUGUUCUUUACACAAGUCUGUCCACACUAACAUUACUUCCUCUCUGGCUACAUUUAGUCCACGUGCAUUCUUGACUCCAAAGAACUGUAUCUCCCAGAGACCUCUCAGCAGGCGGGAGAAGCACCAACUUCUGUCUCCAGGGAACAUAGUUCCGCUUCACCUUUGUACUAAUUAAAAGGCUCACAGGGAAGAAUUAAAUAAAGAGGUAACUGGCAGAUAAUACGCCUGCGUUUAAUCUUGGCCCUUAGGGGAGAGGAGUUUUGCUCUCUUUGCCAGUGCGGUAGUGACAGUGGCUGGCAGAAGAAUCCUGAGCGCCAUGCGGCGUCUUAGAGUUGAGACAAGUGGGUCAGAGGGAGGAGGCUGGCAUUUGUAUUGCUUGUUUUGGGGCUGAAGGACACCGCGGGGGUGUGAUGGGGAGGAGCAGGCUCUGGACACUCCCCAGGUUGGGCGCGGGGCGCAGCAACUUCCCCACACCCCAGGUCUGGGCCCGGAAGCUUCUGCCUAUUCCCUGGCGUCUAUGUGUGCCCGGAAGAUGUGUGUCCUCCAACUUCAAGGCGGCAGACCUCCAGGUUCAGGUGACCAGAGAGCCACAGAAGAAGCCAGCCCCUAGCCAGCCUCUGCUGUUUGGGAAGACAUUCACGGACCACAUGCUGAUGGUGGAGUGGAACAGCAAGACAGGCUGGGGCCCUCCAAGGAUCCAGCCCUUCCAGAACCUCACACUGCACCCAGCCUGCUCCGGCCUGCACUACUCAUUGCAGCUCUUUGAAGGCUUGAAAGCUUAUAAAGGCAGAGACAAGCAGGUACGCCUCUUCCGGCCCUGGCUCAACAUGGACAGGAUGCUACGUUCUGCAAGGCGCCUCUGCCUGCCAGACUUUGACAAGCAGGAACUGCUGGAGUGCAUCCGCCAGCUCAUUGAAGUAGACAAAGACUGGGUUCCCGAUGGCAAUGGAACAAGCCUCUAUGUGCGGCCGGUGCUUAUUGGAAAUGAGCCCUCCCUGGGUGUUGGAAUGGUCACACAAGCCCUCCUGUUCGUCAUUCUGUGCCCUGUGGGCUCCUACUUCCCCGGAGACUCCAUGACACCUGUCUCCCUCCUGGCGGACCCCUCAUUCGUCAGAGCCUGGAUUGGUGGGGUCGGUGACUGCAAGUUGGGGGGGAAUUACGGCCCCACUGUGGCUGUGCAACAAGAAGCCCAGAAGAAAGGCUGCGAGCAGGUCCUCUGGCUGUACGGGCCGGACCACCAGCUCACCGAGGUGGGAACCAUGAACAUCUUUGUCUACUGGACUCAUGAAGACGGAGAACUGGAGCUGGCAACCCCCCCACUGGAUGGCAUCAUCCUCCCCGGAGUGGUUCGACAAAGCCUGCUGGAUCUGGCCAGGACUUGGGGUGAGUUCCGGGUGGCAGAACGCAAGGUCACUAUGAAGGAAUUGAAGCGGGCACUGGAGGAGGGCCGGGUGCGAGAAGUCUUCGGCUCAGGCACUGCUUGUCAGGUCUGCCCAGUGCACCAAAUCCUAUAUGAAGGCAAGCAACUCCACAUUCCUACCAUGGAAAAUGGGCCGGAACUCAUCCUGCGCUUCCAGAAGGAGUUGAAGGCUAUUCAGUACGGAACCAGUGCCCACGAUUGGAUGCUUCGUGUGUGACGUUAGGGAGGUUGUGCCCUACCUGGUUGGAUCCGCUGACGUGCAGCAUCCAGUUCAGCGUCCUCGCCUCCCAGAGACUCAAGAGAAGUGCAAUAGGGAAAGGUCGUUCCAGACUGCUGGCUCUCUGGCACCCUCACGUGGAAGUUACACUCCAAAGCCUUAAGGGCGGGACCCAUGUAAUUUGGACCCCACCUCAGUUCAGCUGCUCCGCGUCCUGGUGUUCAAGAGAGAACCUUGGCUUCUUCUCGAUCUCCGUUCUCAGGCCGGAUCCCCGGUGCUCUUCAUGUCUUUUUUUUUUUUUUUUCCGUCUCUCUCUCCUUGCUGCAAUUUUGAAAUAAAAUGCCAAAGAACAAGA